AUGGAUCCGCGGCCUCGCGCGUGCCCGGCUGGCGGGGGCGGCUCCGGGAGAACCGGGACCCCACUCCCGGGACGGGCUCCCUGCCCUCGGUCCCGCGGGGUCCCGUGCCAGAGCCACCCCCAGAGCCCGCUCCUCGCCCGCUCGGGACUCGCGGUGUCGGUGCCGAUUCUCCUCACGGAGAAAGCGAUGCUGCCCCGCCUCGGGGCUACUCUGGUACAGAUGGGACCGGACCCUCCCCAGCCGGGGGUCACCAGCCCCCGCCGCGUUCUCGCCUCCCCGGAGGCGCGGGCACGGGGGUGGUUUUGGGAUGCUCCAGGUGACAGCGAGGUGUCCCCGCAGGAGGAGGUGAAGGUGAAGAUGAAGGAGCUGAACGAGCACAUCGUGUGUUUCCUGUGCGCCGGGUAUUUCAUCGAUGCCACCACCAUCACCGAGUGCCUGCACACCUUCUGCAAGAGCUGCAUCGUCAAGUACCUGCAGACCAGCAAGUACUGCCCCAUGUGCAACACCAAGAUCCACGAGACGCAGCCGCUGCUCAACCUCAAACUGGACAGGGUCAUGCAGGACAUCGUCUACAAGCUGGUGCCCGGCCUGCAGCACAGUGAGGAGAAGCGGAUCCGGGAGUUCUACCAGUCCCGUGGCCUGGACCGGGUGACGCAGCCCAGCGGUGACGACACGGUGGGGGGCGACCCCAUGGGGCUCCCCUACAGCACCUUUGACCACUCGCGCGCCCACUACUUCCGCUACGACGAGCACGUCUCGCUCUGCCUGGAGAAGCUGAGCUCCAGCAAGGACAAGAGCAAGGCUGUGCUGCAGCAGAAAUACGUGCGGUGCUCGGUGCGGGCGCAGAUCCGACACCUGCGGAGGGUCCUGUGCCACCGGCUGGGGCUGUCCCUGCAGCACGUGCAGAUCCUGUUUGACAACGAGCCCCUCCCUGACCACAUGACAAUGAAGCAGCUCUGGCUCUCACGCUGGUUCGGCAAGCCUGCACCCCUCCUGCUGCACUACAGCAUCAAGGACAAGAGGAGGUAGGGGUGGGGGGUGGGUGCUGCUCCCCCAUUGCAGCCCUGCUCCCACCCCCUCCCCCACCCCC